CCCAGCGGCAGGGCUGUAGCCUUGGAGAAAGCCUGGGCCCUGGCCACGCCCCGUGUGCCCCCCACAGACGGUGAGAAGCUGAGCGGUGUGACGGACAGCCGGGGGGCCCGGGCUGCACUGUCCACGCAGAGGGCAGAGGACUCCAGCGAGAGUCGCGAGGAGGAGCAGGCGCCCAACAGCCAGGACCUGAACGCGCUGUUUUCUGGGGGAGCUGGAGGGCCGCCCCCCCUGAACUUCACACAUCAAGCACCCCCCUGGCGGGAGGAGUACAAAGGGCAGGUGAACCUGCACGUGUUCGAGGACUGGUGCGGGGGCGCCGUGGGCCAUCUGAGGAGGAACCUGCACUUCCCGCUGUUCCCUCACACGCGCACCACCGUGAGGAAGCUGGCCGUGUCCCCCAAGUGGAAGAACUACGGACUCCGGAUCUUCGGCUUCCUCCACCCGGCGAGAGAUGGAGACGUCCAGUUCUCUGUGGCUUCCGACGACAACUCUGAGUUCUGGCUGAGCCCAAACGAGAGCCCGGCAGGUGCCCAGCUGGUGGCCUUUGUGGGCAAGACUGGCUCGGAGUGGACGGCGCCUGGAGAGUUCACCAAGUUCAGCUCCCAGACGUCCAAGCCCAGGCGGCUCAUGGCCUCCCGGAGGUACUACUUUGAGCUGCUGCACAAGCAGGACGACCAAGGCUCGGACCACGUGGAAGUGGGUUGGCGAGCCUUCCUGCCUGGCCUGAAGUUUGAGGUCAUAGGCCCUGCUCACCUCUCCCUGUACACAGAUGAGUCCUCCCUGAAGAUGGACCACGUGGCCCAUGUCCCCCAGUCCCCAGCCAGCCACGUGGGGGGGCGCCUGCGGCCAGAGGAGCCCAGAGCCGACAUGCUGAGGCCAGACCCCCGAGACACCUUCUUCCUCAGUCUGAGGGCACCCUCCCGCCCAGGGUACUGGGAGGUGAACGGCUUCGGCCUCUUCGGGAUCUACAAGUCGGACUUCGACCGCGUCGGAGGCAUGAACACCGAGGAGUUCCGGGACCAGUGGGGCGGCGAGGACUGGGAGCUCCUGGACAGGGUCCUGCAGGCGGGGCUGGAGGUGGAGCGGCUGCGCCUGAGGAACUUCUACCACCACUACCACUCCCGGCGGGGCAUGUGGGCCACGCGUGGCCGCGGCCGUGGCCACAAGGGCUCCCAGGCGGAGGGAGUCUGAGGGAGGACACCCGCCCGGUCGCUGCUGCGGUCCUGAGCCUGGUUCCUGGGACCCAGGGCCUCACCACAGGGCACUGCCCGCCCCCCUGUGCCAGCCCCUCUCUGGCUCCCCCAGGCCGCAGCCCCUCGCACCCCUCCCCAGGGGGCCUGCCUGGACACGAGCAGGUCGGGCGGCUCGUCCCCACACUCUGCGAUGAUUUCUGUGAAAUUUUGCCGUAGCGAUGCCAUUGUUUUCAGGAUUUCCGUCUGUUCCAUUUUUUAUUCAGAAUGAAAUGAAAUAUUUUUUUUAGUUCUGA